AAACAGUGCCGUCCGGAGAUCGCAAACGCCUCACAAGAUUGCCGGGAAAAUGACGGCGCUAUCUCUACUAACUCCUCAUGUGAAGUCUCGAAGCUUCCGAACCGACGCCUCGCACCUCUUCCAAUCUGCCUCGAUCUUCCUCGACUCACUUUUCCUUGCUCCUCCGUUGAACUUCUCAGUGUUGAAGUUUUUUAUGUCAAGGACUAGAGAGAUGUUAUAUUCUUGAUUUUCUUUGUCCAACAGGGUUUGCUGCAAAGCUUUCGCGGAGAUCAGUGUGUCAGUAAGUUGAGAUCGCAUUUCCUGCAUUGUGAGUUCAUUUGCUAAGUAGAUUAUACAGUAUUGGUUUAAUACAUGUGUUUGAUGUGU